GGCUGGAGCCGCUAGGAUGCUGCGCCAGGUGCUCCACGCCGGCCUGCGGACCUGCUUCCGUGCGCUCGGCCGCUUCGUGGCCGGACACCCGGUGUUCUUCGCGUCCGCGCCCGUGCUGCUGUCCGUCCUGCUGGGCGCCAGCUUCAGCCGCUACCGCGUGGAGGAGGACGUGGAGAGCCUGCUGGCGCCCAAGCACAGCCUGGCCAAGAUCGAGGGCAACCUGGUGGACAGCCUGUUCCCCGUCAACCGCUCCAAGCAUGCGCUCUACUCCGACCUGCAGACGCCGCGCCGCUACGGCCGCGUCAUCAUCACCGCCCGCAAGGGCAGCGUGCUGGAGACGACUCACCUGGACACCAUCCUGCAGCUCCACAGGCGGCUGUACCAGAUGCAGGUGACGGUCCCGGCCGCGGCCUUCAACGGCUUCAACUACUCCUUCUCCUACCUCUGCCUCCCCGAUGAUAAAAACAUUUGCAUCAUCGACGACAUCAUCCGCGCCAUGGAGGAGAUCCAGUUGGCUCGCGCCUCCAACCGCUCCAUCCCGGCCCUGUGGUACCCCAUCACCCAGCUGGCGGACGGGCGGCUGGCGUACAUCGGGCACCAGCUGGGCGGCGUGCAGGGCUGGGGCCCCGGCGGGGCGGUGCGAGCUCAGGGGACGGGAGCCAAGGGGGAGGGGGUCCGUUCUGCCAGGGCCUUGCAGCUCACCUACUACCUCCAAGCCCACGGUGGCCUGAUGGACCAGGUGGCCAGCCAAUGGGAAAAGGCCUUCUGCGCCGAGCUGCACCAGUUUGCGGCGUUGAACCCGAAGUUGGGGCUCUACCCGUCCACCUCGUCUUCUCUGAGGACAGACUUCCAGUUCUCCUCGGUGCUGGCACGACACCCGCUGUUGGCCAGCCUGGGAGUGUGCGGGGUGCUGACCGUCCUCUGCUGCUCCAUGAGGGACUGUGUGAGGUCCAAACCCUGGUUGGGACUGCUGGCUCUGCUGUCCGUCACCCUGUCGGGCCUCACUGCUGCUGGAAUACUCAACCUGACCAGGGCCACCUACAACUCCACAUACCUGGGAAUCCCCUUCGUCAUGCUCGGUCACGGGCUCUUCGGCUCCUUCGAGAUGCUGUCGUCAUGGAGACGAACGCGGGAGGACCAGCACGUGAAGGAGCGCGUGGCCAGCGUCUUCGAGGACGUCAUGCUGCGCUUCUCCGGCUCCACCAUGCUCCACCUGAUGACGCUGGGCCUGGCCGCCUCGCCGCUCACCAACAUGGAGGCCGUGCGCCUCUUCUGCCGCACCGCUGCGCUCGCCGUCACCAUCAGCUAUGUUUACAUGCUGUCCUUCUACAGUUCCUGUCUGGUGUUCACAGGCUACUUAGAGACGGGCUACAGACACGGCUGCUUCUGCCGGCGAGUGCCCAAGCAGGACCGGCUGGACUCCAAACCCGCUUGGUACCGGUGUCUCAUGUACACUCGUUACCAGGACGAAACCCAGACCACCAACCCCACGCACGGCGUUGGCCACACGCACGUUCUGAAUACGAACCUAACUCACACGCACAUGGUGAACAACGCCGGCAUACAUGAACACGUCGCCAACUCCACGCACGCACAUCCCCACCCUCACCCUCACACUCAUCCCUCGGGAGGCAUGGAGCCUCAUCCUCAGGACUCACACCUUUUACUGGGGUGUGUGAGGCGUUGCUAUGGAGACUGGAUUACAAACACGUAUGUGAAGCCCUUUGUGGUUCUGCUGUACCUGGUUUACAUCUCCUUCGGCUUGAUGGGCUUCCUGCAGGUUACCCAGGGAUCUGACCCCAGCGCACUGGUUGCCAUGGAUACAGCAACAGUACUGUACACGCGUGCCCAGCAGCGUUACUUUAGCUCGUACUCGCCGGUGAUUGGAUUCUACAUCUACGAAAGCGCCCCCUACUGGAACGCCUCUGUGCAGCGGGACCUGCUGGAAUACGCCAAAGGCUUCCAGAGGAUCAGCUGGCUGGAGGCGUACCUGACCUACCUCUCCGACCGCAACCAGUCCACCAGCCAGCCCCGGGAGAACUUCACCCGCACGCUGCGCCACUCUUUCCUCCGAGAGCCGCAGUUCGCCCACUUCUCUGACGACAUCAUAUUUGCCGAGCGCGGCCAGGGCGAGGAGCCGGACGUGGCGGCUUCCCGCAUCUUCCUGGUGGCCAAAACCACGGAGAACAAGCGCGAGGAGAUGUCGGUGCUGCUGGACACGCUGCGGCGCCUGUCGCUCACGUCUCGCGUUCGCUUUUUGAUUUUUAACCCGUCCUUUGUGUACUUGGACCGCUACGCGGCGGCGGUCAGCUCCCCCCUCAGACACUCACUGCUGGCGGUGCUCUUCCUGCUGGGGCUGUCCUCCCUGGCCGUGGUGGAGCCGCUGGUGUCCAUGUGGAUGGGCCUCACCCUGCUCUCCGUGCAGUUCGGGGUGCUGGGCUUCAUGACCCUGUGGGGCGUCGAGUUGGACUGCAUGUCCGUGUUGUGUCUGAUCUCCGCUCUGGGCCACUCGGCGGACUGCAGCGGCCCCCUCCUCUGCGGAUUCGCCUCCGGCCGGGGCGAGAGCAGGACUCGCUGGGUUCGAGUGGCGCUGGAGAGACACGGCGUCCCCUCUCUGCAGACGCUCAUCUGCUACAGCGCCGCCCUGGUGCCUGUCAGCUCCGUACGCUCCAACCUCACGCGCACAAUGUUCCGCUGCCUCACCCUCACCGCCAGCUGCUCGGCCCUGCACACGCUGGCCUUCCUGCCCACCCUGCUCACCUUCCUGCCCCCCUCCAAGAGCCGGGGCCACCGGCCCGGCGCCGACGGCCAGAGGCAGGAGGUGGAGUGUGUGGAAAUGAACGACAGCACCAGAGUGGUCGACCAGAUCACCACCGUUUGAGCAACUGUUUCCUUUUUCUUCUUUUCUGUUUUUGUCUCCUCCGUUACCAUGGUGACUAUCUGCAUGAGCCCUGGGAUUCGGCUCAUUGUGGUCCAAACAUCUGUUGAGGAGAAUUGCUGAUACUUCUGUGACGAUAGAAAUACGAGUAGCGGGCUAAGAGAGAGCAGAGUACGAUGCUAAUAAACACAGGAAGAGAAAAGUCAGGUCUAUAAUGCAGUGUAUCCAUGGUUACCUCCUUGUUGCCAGUGCUGUACAGCAUGUGAAUGAGGGUUUUUUUUUUUUUUCUAAACAAUCACAAGUUGAGAUUCAGCUUGGAUGUCUUGGCAGGGGAAUGAUCACCUCUGAAACUUGCUUUAGAUCCGGUCUCCUUGUUUGCCCACUGCUACCUGCACACACGAUUCAGCUAACGUGAC